GGCUAUAGAAUUCUCAUUGGCAGAGUGGAAAUGCCUGAACCCUGCGCAGAGGGCUUUAUACAGGGAAGUGAUGUUGGAGAACUACAGGAACCUGGAGUCUGUGGAGAGUCUCACUCUGUCCUCCAGGAUGUGAAUGCAGUCUUGUGAUCUUGGUUCACUGUAACCUCUGUCUCCUGAAUUCAAGCAAUUCUUGUGCCUCAGCCUCUCAGGUAGCUGAGAUUACAGGAUUGACUUCUAAAGACUCUUGGUACGUGAGGAAAAAACACGGAAGAGGAAAGCAAAAGGUCAGGGAUGGCUAUUCCUCAGGGUCUACUGACAUUCAGGGAUGUGGCCAUAGAAUUCUCUCAGGAGGAGUGGAAAUGCCUGGACCCUGCUCAAAGGACUCUAUACAGAGACGUGAUGCUGGAGAAUUAUAGGAACCUGGUCUCCCUGGCUAUCUCUUCCAAAUGCAUGAUGAAUAUGUUCUCAUCAACAGGGCAAGGCAAUACAGAAGUGAUCCACACAGGAACAUUGCAAAGACAAGCAAGUCAUCACAUUGGAGAUAUUUGCUUCCAGGAAAUUGGGAAAGAUAUUCAUGACUUUGUGUUUCAGUGGCAAGAAAAUGAAACAAAUGGCCAUGAAGCACCAAUGCCAAAAAUAAAAAUGUUGAUGAGUAGUACAGACCGAUAUGAUCAAAGGCUUGCUGGAAAUAAGCCUAUUAAAGAUCAGCUUAGAUCAAGCUUUCAUUCUCAUCUGCCUGAACUGCACAUAUUUCAGCCUGAAGGGAAAAUUGGCAAUCAAGUUGAGAAGCCUAUCAAUGAUGCUUUCUCAGUUUCAGCAUCCCAAAGAAUUUCCUGUAGGCCCAAAACCCAUAUUUCUAAUAAGUAUGGGAAGAAUUUCCUUCAUUCUUCAUUACUCAUAGAAAAACAGGAAAUACACAUGAGAGAAAAAUCUUUCCAAUGUAAUGAGAGUGGCAAAGCCUUUAAUCAUAGCUCACUCUUUAAAAAACAUCAGAUAAUCCAUUUAGGAGACAAACAAUAUAAGUGUGAUGUAUGUGGCAAGGUCUUUCAUCAGAAGCGAUACCUUGCAUGCCAUCAUAGAUGUCACACUGGUGAGAAACCUUACAAGUGUAAUGAGUGUGGCAAGACCUUCAGGCAGAAUUCAGGCCUCUUAGUUCACAAGGCAAUUCAUACUGGAGAGAAACCUUACAAGUGUAAUGAAUGUGGCAAGGUUUUUAAUCAACAAUCAAACCUUACACGUCAUCAUAGACUUCAUACUGGAGAGAAACCUUACAAAUGUGAAGAAUGUGACAAAGUUUUCAGUCGCAAAUCACAUCUUGAAAGACAUAGGAGAAUUCAUACUGGAGAGAAACCAUACAAAUGUAAGGUUUGUGACAAGGCUUUCAGACGUGAUUCACACCUGGCACAACAUCAGAGAGUUCACACUGGAAAGAAACCUUACAAGUGUAAUGAGUGUGGCAAGACCUUCGUUCAAAAUUCAUCUCUUGUAAUGCAUAAGGUCAUUCAUACUGGAGAGAAACCUUACAAGUGUAAUGACUGUGGCAAGACCUUUGUUCAAAAUUCAUCUCUUGUAAUGCAUAAAGUCAUUCAUACUGGAGAGAAACCUUACAAGUGUAAUGAAUGUGGCAAGGUUUUUAAUCGAAAAUCAAACCUUGAAUGUCAUCAUAGACUUCAUAGUGAAAAGAAAUCUUAUAAACGUAAUUAAUUUGCAAGGUUUUUAGGCAACAAUCAAACCUUGCCUGUCAUCACAGACUUUAUACUGGAGAGAAACUUUACAAAUGUGAAGAAUGUGACAAAGUUUUCAAUUUCAAAUCACGCCUUGAAAUACAUAGGAGAGUUCAUACUGGAGAGAAAUAAUAGAUAUGUAAGGUUUGUGACAAGGUUUUCAGGUGUGAGUCACACCUGGCACAACAUACUGGAAUUCACACUGGAAAGGAACUGUACAAGUGUAAUGAGUGUGGCAAAGCCUUUAGUGGUCAGUUACAAAUGUAAUGAUUGUCACAAAGUCUUCAGUAACACUACAACCAUUGCAAAACAUUGGAGCAUCCAUAAUAAAGAGAGGUCUUACAAGCAUAAUAA